AACAACAAAGCAGUUGGAUACCAAUUGAAAUAUUCAAAUGCGAUAUACAGCGAAUGUAUAAGCUUCUUUGCAGAAUUGAGCCGGACGGAAGUAUGUCUAGCGACUAGAACUAGAAUGUGUUCUGCAAUCUCCGCCAAUUAUCAAACAAACAGUCUUCAACUAACUUUGAAGUCAUAGACAAUUUGGGCUUAUCUAGGAACUAGCUUAAACAUCAGUCAUCAACAUUAGGCUACUUUAGACGUAGUUGGCAAUUGAAAUAGCAGAUGCGUGGACGUUGACAACAUUCGAUUAAUUCGUUUUAGGAGCCUUCAAGAGGAAUGUUUUGCGGAAUCUCUGCUUGUGAGAAACGGCGAAUACUAGGACAUUGAAUCGCUGCUGGAAGUAAAGGAAGACGAAGAGUUAAACUUAAUUGCAAGGAUCAGGUGGAUGUGGGUCUGGCUUCGCUUGGUAUCUCCAUAUGGCUCCGGAUGGCUAUUGUAAAUUCGAUGCCCACGUUAGAAAAGGAAGGAGAAGCGUUGAUGAAGCUAUGUGGUUUGGACUUGUAUACAAAGAUAAAGCGUGAACAGUAAUUUUAAUUUAUGUACCCAUCCCAAGUGGCUCUCCCUUUUCAAAUUUAAAAUUAAGCUGAGGUUUUUACUAAACGUGCAUUAUAUAUACACACUCGUACAUACAAAUGUGCCUACUAUACAUAUGUACAUAUGUAGCCCCAACAAAGCUGAUUUAGCAAUUGUUUGACUUAAUAGAGAGUUUAGUAUCAAUUUAAUUCAAUAAUCUAAUUCAGAAAAGUGUUGAUCUUCAUUGUGAACAGUGAGGUUAUGAGAAAUACAAGAUGUAUUACAUUCACGUUUUGCUAUUUUUAUAUCUACAAGGACUACUCCUAAAUAGUUGUAACACGAGUGAAAUACACGCUUUGAUAUUAGCAAGAGGUGGCUCCAAGGGCAUACUUAAUAAAAAUCUGCAAGAAAUCGAUGGUAUAUCCCUACUUGCCCGUACCAUAAACGUAUUGAAUAGUUCAAAUUUAUUUGAGCACAUUUGGGUAUCGACGGAUAAUGAGGAGAUAAAGCAAGAGGCGCUGAAAUUUGGUGCUCGCGUACACGAUAGAGAUCCGUUUUAUGCCCAGGACAGCACUACAUCUUUGGAGUCCGUUAAGGAGUUUCUGCGCGCUCAUAAUAACGUCGAAAAAUUUGCUUUAUUCCAAUGUACCUCGGUAUUUUUGAAAAACCAAUACAUCAUAGAGGCUCUAAAGCAAUUCGUGUCAAAGGAUUGUGUUUUUGCGGCAACGAGAUCACACAAAUUACGCUGGCAAAGGCAAGCAGAUGAAGCUGUUAUUCCGUUAAACUUCGAUCCAAUGCACAGACCGCGACGUCAAGAUUGGUUAGGCGAACUGAUAGAAACCGGAAUGUUUUAUUUCGCCACAAGACAUUUGGUGGUGACCGAAAAUCGAUUUCAAAAUGAAAAAUGCGGUAUAGUUGAAAUCGACCCAGCCGACGCCAUGGAGAUCGAUACAUAUACCGAUGUUGUUGUAGCACAGUGUCUAAUUCAAGACAGAUUGAGUAGCAGAGACGCAAUUCAUAAUAAAAACCAAAUUUGAGCAAAAAAUAUAAAUACUCUGUGUAAGAGAUAAAUAAAAGAUACACACUAAUUCGUUUGAGUAC